AUGAAAUCAGUUUAAUCCAGAGCUGGUCAAGGUACAGUUCUAAACUCCAAACUUUGCAGAAGACGCUUGAACUACCAUCGAUGGAAGAAUUCAAGGUGGCUGAUGGCAAGGAGAACCAAAGAUGGGCCAGGUACAAUUCUCAGGUGCACAACCUAGAGAAAAAACUAGGGCUUGAUUCAGAUACGCGUAUGUUUCCAGAGCUUACUAUUCGUACAUCCCAAAACUUGACCACAGCUGAUCCUUUAGGAAAAGCAUUCCGGUACGACCAGAAAAUCCCAGCUGGAAAUCGGUUGCAAAAAGAGGUUCUUAAACGCUGGGGUCCUUCAGCACUUGAAACAAUGAUGCAAAGUUACCGUGAAGGUUCCACACACAGAGCUGCUGAUUCUUCCCCGAGGCAGGAAAUAAUUGACAAGAUUUUGAUCAGAAGACAAAUAAGUCGGUCUCAAAAACAGAAACAUCAUGAAGAUGAAAUCAGGAGAUUGGCUGAAUCCAAGGAAAAGUUGAAGAAAGCACUAAAGAUAUUGGAAAUGCAGAAUGAAUUCUUUGGAAAUGGCAGAGGCUUGCACAGAAAAACCUCCCCUACAAUGAAGCAAUUUUCCGACAUCAGAAAAGAAAAUCAAAACACAAAAGUAAUUGGAACUAACCUGCUAAAAGACUUGGAAACUGAUGGACAGCUAAUGGAUGAUGUAGUAGAGGAGAUAAUGACUGGUCACUUAAACCACAUACCCGACAAAAUGACAUCUGGCAUUGCAAAAGAGCUAUAUGCAAAAGUAACGUUAGAAAAUUAUAUCGCUCGUGCUGUCCUUCUUAUUGCUGAAGAAAUUAUCCUGGAGACGACAAUGGAAAUGACUAAACGAAACACAACUGAUGUAAUAAGGAGACUGACCCUAGGCUCGACGUUUGAGUCGCAGUAUGAUUCUGCACAGGUUCAAGAAUAUUUGACAAAGUCGGAUCCUUUCAAUUUUUAACAGUCCCGGUGAUCUUUUUCUUAUAAAUG